UAGCAGAAACGGAGUGCUCAAAUCAAAUAAUUGUCUGCUACUACAGUGCUACAUCUAUGACUUUUAUCAGUUCUAUGGUUAGGGUGAGAUCUCCCUCUCUCUCUCUCUCUCUCUCUCUCAAGAUUCACAGCAUUAAGGUUAAGAGUUUCCGGAAGAAUCAACCAUGAAGGCAACAAGUGAAGCUGAGGGACUAUUAGAGAUGAUCCGGCCACCACGUCUCGAAGACGCCGGCCUCGAGGACUGUGCACUGCCACCGGAAUCAAUCCAAGAGGCCUUUCUUAAAGCCGCCAUGUCCGUAAAAUCACAAGCCGCUUCAGUUUUCUACGCAUCAGAUGACGAAUCUGAAGCCAAUUCCGUUAACGAUCCGCGGCCCAAUUUCGGAGAAUCGCCCGAUGCGCUGGUCGGAGUUAUGCAGGGGACUGAGCCUCCGGGAUCUAGCGAUACCAAGAAGGGUAGAGUUGUUGUUCCCGAGGUUGUGUCUGAUGAAGGCGGUGCUGUUGUGGGCGAUGCGAAGAAGACGGUAGGUGAGGUGGUGGGACCGGUUGUGCCGGAGGGUGUGAAGGCUUGUGUUGAUGGGUUGCAGGGUUUGGAGAUUGGGAGAGAAGGACCGUGUUCAGAAGGGUAAAAAAUUGAGGGAUGAAAAUGAUGGUGAAGAUGAGAGAGAGAGAGGGUGAAAAGCCAAAUCCUAGCAGAAGGUUUUCUAUGAAUUAAUAGGGUCAGUCUACGAUUAAAUAAAAAAAAAUGACAAUGUACCGAUAGUUAUUAUGUUUAAUGGUAUGAUUGUAACUGAUUGAGGAAGAUCGAUCAUGAUUAAUUAUAAGAUAUUUUCUUGAGUCACGUCGGGAU